AUGAAGAGCUGGGCGCCGAUCAACCUCAACGUCGGCCUCGUCGUCGGCGUCCUCUUCGUGCUGCUUACCUAUCUUGUCCUCUCGCAGCAAGCUGCGAGCAGUGGCCUCAACGUUGCCGCUACGGUAGCGCAAUGGAUCAUGGACAAACAUCUGACGACUAACGGUCCUGGUGAAACAUUCGUCGCUUCAGAUGUGCAGCAGACCGCGGAAAAACAGGCGGCUCAAGAUUCAGGUGGAUCAGCUGCAGCAGAGAAGGGCAAGGUGGUGUACAACACCAAGGGAUCCUACUCCGAAACCUGCGAAGUCGAUGGCGACGUCCGCAUCAACAGCACCGCCCUGUCGGUGACCCUCGUGCCGGCGAGCUGGUCGGAGCGCCGCGAGUGGAGGAUCUGGCCAUACUCUCGCAAGAACUUGCCCGACAUCAAGAUGGUCACCGUGACGCAGCUGGAGGACAAGGCUGCCGCCCCGCCGUGCACGGAGACCUACAACAUACCGGCGGUCCUGUUCGCGCUCGGCGGUCUGACGGGCAACUUCUGGCACGACUUCGGCGACGUGCUGGUGCCUCUGUUCAUCGCUUCGCGGCACUACGACGGCGAGGUCCAGUUCCUGAUCAGCAACAUGAAGCCGUGGUGGCCGGCAGCGUACAGGACCAUCCUGCAGCGGCUGUCCAAGUACGACGCCGUGAACCUCGACGUCGACGACGACGCGCAACACGUGCGGUGCUUCCCACACGUCACCGUGGGGAUCCACAUGCACAACGGUGGCCUGAGCAUCGUCCCGGAAUGGGCGCCGGGCGGCGGCCGCCUGUCCAUGGCCGACUUCACCAGGUUCAUGCGCGAGGUCUACGCGCUCCCGCGCGACGCGCCGGCCAGCCUGGUCCGGGAGCCGGGCAAGAGGCCGCGGCUGCUGCUCGUCCACCGAGGGCACAGCCGCCGGUUCAUGAACGAGCAGGAGAUACUGCGGGCCGCGGAGGCGGCGGGGUUCGAGGCGGUGGCGGUGGACCUGCGGCGCGACGUGACCGUGGACGCGCAGGCGCGGGUGGUGAACUCGUUCGACGUGCUGCUGGGCGUGCACGGGGCCGGGCUGACGAACGCGGUGUUCCUGCCGCCGGGCGCGGUGCUCGUCCAGGUGGUGCCGUACGGGAAGAUGGAUACGAUCGCGACGCUGGAGUUCGGCCUGCCGGCAAAAGAGAUGGGGCUCAAGUACCUCGACUACGUCGUGAGCGCGGAGGAGAGCACGCUGCUGGAGAUGCUGGGGCCGGAGCACCCGGCGAUCAAGGACCCGGACUCCAUCCACCGCAGCGGAUGGGACAAGAUGACCGAGUUCUACCUCAAUAAGCAGGACGUGCGCAUCGACGUCGCCCGCUUCGCGCCCGUCCUCGCCCAAGCGUUCGACCACCUACACCAGCAGUAG